AUGGAGCAGACCUCGAGCUCGACAUGGACUUUGCAUGUUGAUGGUUCUUCGAACUCGGGGGGUAGUGGAGCUGGCCUCAUCCUCACUAGUCCAGAUGGAGUGGUCGCCGAACAGGCCCUACGCUUCGAGUUUCCCGCCUCUAACAAUGUGGCGGAGUACGAAGCACUCAUCGCCGGGCUCAAGUUGGCCUGGGAGCUGGGAGUGAAGAACCUAAGAGUCUUUAGCGAUUUCCAGCUAGUCGUGAACCAAAUCUCGGGUGACUUCGAGGCCAGGGAGCCCGCAAUGCAGGAGUAUCUUCGGAAAGUGCGGGAUCUCAUCUCGACUCUGAGCUCCUUCCACAUCCAACACAUCGCCAGGACGGAGAACCUCAGAGCCGAUCAACUAUCAAAGUUGGCGUCCACUCGCAUGAGCGAGCUUCCCAAAGCAGCAGCGCUGGAGUACCUCCAAAGACCCAGCACGGAGGAGCCCGAGCCAGCCCUUUGCAUUGAAGUUGAGCCGAGCUAG